GCCGAGGGACUUUGGUGCAAGAAUAUGUGUGGAUAUAUUACUUUUGUGAUCUAAUUCACCCCGAUGUCAUGCAGGUAUGUUGUCCAUGUAUUUGUCACCCAGUUAUUGACUGAUAGUGGAUCUAUCUCACCCAUAUCAUUAUUGGUUAUGUGUCCGUUUCAUCUAGUAUGUCGGUAUAUAUCAGGCGGGCUUUUAUACUGUGGUGGAGACGUUUCCGCCGCCAUCCGGGACACCUGGGACAUUCGUGUCGCAUUCUGGGUACAUUCCUGUUAUUUGGGAUGCAUUCCCUUUGGGUCCUACAUAUUUGGCGCACAUUCCAGGGGCGUUCUGUCCGCCUUUGAGGUGCAUUCGUACAGCAUUCGGGGCACCUUCCGAGCGGCUCUUGGGUGUUAUUUGGCCUGCAUUCAGGCCUCUUGUCCUACAGCAUCCGGGAUGCAUUCUGCAUAUUCCUGCUGGAUUCUGCUGGCAUUGUGGGGAUUCGUACUGUGUUCUGGCUGCAUGCAUUCUUCACUCUGGGUAUUCGUGCUGUUUUUCGGCUGCAUUCGGGUGCUGCAGCACAUGGAAUGUGUGCGAAUCAUUCGAGGUGGCUUCUGCCCACAUUCUGGAUAUUUGGCAUUCGUACACAGCUGUCGGAAUAUCUGUCUCUCCCAAAUGUGUCUCGAAGCUUGGCCUUUUUCCCCAUUCUAGCUGAUUCGUCUGGACUCUUGCUCAUUCAUAUUAAGUGCAAUGGGGCCUUUAUUAAUGUCUGUUGGUUUGCUCCAUUGAUUCAUUUAUUGAUGGCAAAAUCAGCUGCUGUUGUUACAGUCCGGUAAAGUGAGUAGAAAUGCUUACAUUUUUGGGUUUGUGAUUUCACUUACUAUUUUAUAUUGUUGCGCUGUUUUUUAUUCUCUGCAAUGGAGAGCGUGAGCAGUCUUGGAUCAUAAUUUGUGAUAUGGUGUUGCAGAUUGAAGAUGAUGCGUACCAGGAGGACCUGGGCUUUAGUUUGGGUCAGCUGGGGAAGAGUGGCAGCGGGCGUGUCAGGCAGGCUCAGGUCAACGAGGCCACCAAAGCCAGGAUCUCUAAAUCUCUCAAGAGGACUUUACAGAAGCAGAGCAUGACGUCGGGGGCAAGUCCACCGUCAGAGACCGCUCCUCGGGAACCAGCUCCAGUGUGGCCUUCACUCCUCUACAGGGGUUGGAGAUUGUAAACCCACAGGCUGCAGAGAAAAAAGUGGCUGAAGCCA